UCUACUUCUUAAUUUCUGUGAGCGAGAAUCAAUAACAAAUUAAUUUUUGACGUUUUAAGGUUGGUGUUACGAAAAUUUUUAAAUGUCAUUCGAUUGAAAGAUGUCUGACAGAUAAUAAACAGGCGUUAUUGUUACAAUUAAUUUAUCUAAUGGAUUUGAAACAUAAUCGCAGACAAAUGUGUCCAGUUCAAUGGCUAUAUUUGAGCAGCAAACUGUCAAGAAGGUUUUAUUAGAUGAUACUGAGCCGUUAACAUGUGUUAUUGAAAAUUGGAGGAACGUCAAUGGACACACUGAGUUUGUUUUAAGGGUACAUAGGGGCCCAUUUUCAGAUAAAACGUGGCGAGUUAGUAAGAGGUACAAUGACUUCUAUAAAUUACAUUCCUACUUGCAAACCUCGGGAAUUCCCCUGGAUUUUCCUCCAAAAAAACUUAUUGGUAACAUGGAACCACAUUUUAUUAGUGAAAGACAACAGGGCCUGCAGAAAUAUCUAAAUAAGAUCCUCAUGAAUCCCAUACUGGUGUCUUCACUUCCUGCUCGAUCAUUCGUGGAUCCUGCAAAUUAUUGUCAACCCUUUGGAGAAUUGGCACUACAGCAUGUUUCAUUAGCAUUAAGAGGAGAAGUUGGCUGGGAGGUCGCAGGACCUCUGGCUGAGGUAGGAUGGAGAUUGAGAAAGCACUAUUAUCAAGUUCGCCAAAAAACAAUGCCAAAAGUGGAAUUUCUUGGUGGCUGGACUGAUUAUGGCCCAGAUAAAUAUCUUGAUGAUAAAGAUAUGCAGGCAGUCUUUAAAAGUCUAAAUCAAAUUCAGCACCCUUACAUACAUUCCAUUGAUCUGUGUUUGUGUACAGACAUUGGUGGCCUUGUAGUUCGAAAAAGUAAUAAAAAUGGCACAGUUCGCGACAUGUUGUGUAAUAGUAAACCACAACAAUCAUUCCUGAAAAAAUACGGUAAUCCCAAAGGUCACAAACCAUUGAACCUUAACCAGGUGGCGCUAUAUGGAAGGCAAAUACUUGAGGCACUAAAAUUCCUACAAGAAAAAGGCUUCCCUUAUGGUCACCUACACACGGGUAACAUAGUUAUAGAAAAUGACCGUGUAAAAUUGCUGGAUAUCGAGAAUGGUGUUCUUGGGGUGCCAUCCUUCUAUCGUCCGUACUUUAUGCAGCACCGCAAAAUCAGCACACUAGAAGCUAUCGACGUUUACUGUUUUGGUCAUACUAUCUAUGAAAUGGCAUUCGGCUCGCCAUUGCAUGAAAGUGUAGUAGACACAAUUCCGGACAUUGCUUCAGAUGAUUUACGGCGCGUUUUGGAGUCAAUAUUAUCUGCAGAUGCAUGCAAAGCAGGACUUCCUACAAUUGACGGUCUGUUAAACAAUCCCUUCUUCCAUGUAGUGGGAGAGAAACUACCGCCGGGAGAAAAGUACCAUUUUAAGAUUCCCAGCGGUGCAAAGGAACGUUUAAAGGUCGCUACAAAACAUAUGGAGGACAGACUUACAGAAGAACAGAAAAUGGUGCGUAGCCAGAAACGGUUGGUUAAAGUCCAGGAGAUGAUGAGCUCAGAAGAGGAGAAGAAGAAACAGAGAAAUAAGCUUAAACAUGAACGGUAUUUAGCCAAAGAAAGACAGAAGAGUAUUAAGGAGCAUAGGCAGGAUUCACUUUGUGAAAAGACCAAUGGAACUAAUGGAGGAGAUAGAUCUGACAGUGUGAACAGCAGUGCCACAGCUUCUGUUGGCACAUCCACACCUCCUUCUGGUGCGAGUAUGCCUUCACCUCCUCCACCUCCUCCACCACCCCUUGAUGCGCCCACUGCGAACGGACACGCCCCCGGAAUUAAUCCUUUGCAGACUAAUCAGGGAGAGGAACGUUCUGCUCUGCUGGGAGCCAUUUGUAACUUUAAUAAAUCCUCACUGCGUAAGACCAAAGUACCAAAUUGAGAACCAACUGUAGCCCCUGUAGAUAAAAAUUAUUACUCUGAUUUUCGUUAUAGAUAUAGCCGGAGCUUUAUGAGCAUACGACAAUUUGGCAAGUCGAUGAGGACUCCAUCAUAUGUCAGUCAUAUGAUUAGAAACAAUAUAGUACCGAUUUCUUAUGAUUCAUUUUUCUUUGUUACAGUUUCGAUAUUAAUAGCAUUUUAUUGUCGACAAUUUUUAAUUUUAUCAUAAAAUGCAAAUUUUUUACAAUGUUUAAUUACACCAAAUGUUGCCCAAUAUUGUUUUGAUUGUAAAAAAAAUUAUAACGUUGACAUUUAAUGUAACAUAAAAAAGACUGUUGAAAAGACUCAUUGACGUUAAGGUAUUUUAGGAAAUUGUUACUUGUUUUUGUAAAAUAAUUUUAGUUACUUCUAGGAGGCUACUCCUAUUCUUUGUAUUUUGAAGUUUUUUAUAUACUACACCAAAAUUGAAAGCAAAUUAUUGUUAUUAUAUUAUUUUUAAUUGUGUGACUGAUUUAAUCAGUGAGAUUAAAAUUUAAAUAAUAAUUUUAAAUGUGAAUAAAUCUACUUUUCAAAGAAAUUGCAAUAGUUAAACUAUAAGCAUUCUUUUCAUGAAAUUACUACUAUUAUUAUGUUCUCAUAAACUUGUAUAAAUUUUCAUGGAAGGUUUUUUAAUGUAAUGUGGAAUGUUAAAGUCUUAACUAGAACUUGUAUAGGUUAAUGGCUAUGAUUGUGUGAAUGUCAAUAUAUUCAGGUUACAUAAAAGUGAGUUGUGGUCAAUAGUCAAAGAUGUACACCCCGCUCCAAAUUUAUAUAAAAUGUGUUACCAUGAGUGUAUUAGUUAAAUUUAAUGUUCUAAAAAUAUAAUUUAUCAAUUUCUGUCUAUAAAUGUUCACUGGCUUCUAAUUAGCGUAAUUUUACCCUUUUGUAUGAAAAGCUUCCUUUAUAAAAUAAAGAGUGUGAUUUAGAUAUAAAAUAUGAUACACUAUAUGUUGCACAUGUGAUACAUUGCACUAUGACAAAACCUGUGGGUCCAUUUUAAAUGUAUGAAAUAUAUAUAUUCAUAAUUAUUCAUGUUUAAUGCCAAUUGAUUGUAAACAAAUAAUUAAUAUUAUCUUAAAAGGAUCUGUAUAUUUUUAUUUGAAGUGUUUAAUUACCAAAAACUGAUUUUAUCUUUAAAAUGCGUGAAAAAUUGAUUACAAAAGGUAGUAUUGUGUGUCACUAUUUUAAUUGAAAAACUCUAUAAGAUGUAAUCUCUAUUUUAAUAUUUGUACUCAAACACCAUUUAGACACAAUACAAGAUGUAAUUAAACUCAAAUAUUCUUAUUUAUUCAAUUGAAUUUACAGGGUUUACCUAGGUACAUAUUUGCGCAGAUUUUUUAUGUAUGUAGAUGUUUCACAAGUUAUUCAGUUUAUUAAGUUUGUAUAAUUUGUGAUAAUUGUGAUCAUUUUAAAAGUAUUAUUCAUUGACAUGUUAAUGGUUUAUUUUUAUGUACAAGAAGCUUUUAGAUUUUAUCCCCUUUAUUUUUCAAUCGACUGUGCCAAUCCAUUAGGUUUUGCUUGUAUAUAACAUAUUAUGCCAAAAUGUUAAAAUUGUUUAUUGUAAUAUUAUAACUAGUCAGUUUUAUUUGAUUUUAAGUGUGAAUAUUCUCUGUAUAAAUUAAUUAUAAGCAAAAUAUUGAAAUAAAAAUUUAUUUAGUAUUGGUGUAUAUUUAUUUUAGUAAUGUAAAAAUGUAAUUUAUAAAACUAAUGAAACGAGCUGUAGUUAUAAAAAAUGUAGUAAGAUCCACUAAUCUGUGAAAUGAAUUAUGAAAUAAACAUUAAUACAUUAUUUUUUUUCAAGUAUUUAUUAAAAUAUGUUAAUGCUCUUACAAUCACAAUAAAUUAAUUGCAACAAGUGUGAUUUACAAUGCUAAUAAAAUACCACAUUUAUUUGUAAAACGUGCGAUGAAAAUACUUUUGUAUUAUCUAUAAAAAUAUGUUAUAAAUAUAAUGCUUUAAUAUUUUGAGAUACAGCCAUUUGCGUUAACAGUAAACAUUGUACGAGAUACUAUUAUUAGAAAAAUGAGACAUCUAAACAUUAUAAUAUAACAAUAAUUUAUGCUUACACGAUCCCACAUAAGAUUACAGUUAAAUUUGACAUAAAUGUAUGUGAUUCUUUCGAAAUGGGAAAAUAUAUAGAUAACAAAAAGUGUUUAAAGAAUCUAUUAAUGAUAAUUGCAUGUUACAAUUCAGUAAAGUUUUCAGUAAUAUUUGGUUUUUAUGGUAAGUAUUUAUUAGGAAACAAGUAUUACUCGAUAAUUUCUAAUUUUCUAAGUUGUUGAAUAUUUAUGUACGUUACUAACUGCGAUACGACAGUAUUUUAUAAAAGGGAUUAUUAAAAAAUUUACGAAUACAAGUGUUCAAUUUAAAUUUUAUUUUAAAAAUUGUUAUACAACUGAAUCAAUUUUAGUGCACCAUGUUUUUCAAUUUCUUCAUGUAUGGAAUGAAGCUCGGAUAAAAGUACUGUCAGUGAUUCAUUUUAUUAAUAAAAUUGUUAAAACAAAUAAGUUUCUUUAGACCAUUUAUUAAAAAAUUUACUUACCAAAUUGCAAUGAAUGCACUUGAGCACUAGCACAUUAAACCCAGAGAUCCCAAUUCGACAACAUGUAUUACAAUAAUAUUAAUAAGAUAAAAAAUGUAGAGUUUAAAUUAUAAUAUCACAUUUAUUCGAUUAAAUUAUAUAAAUAUAAUAAAAAUCAACUAAAUCGUAAAUAUUUUCAAUAUAAAAGAUUUCUAGUAGAAAACGCAAGUAACUUUAUAAAUUACAAUUCUGUAUAAAGCGUCCACUUGGUCACUAUUUAUAUUUAAAAUAAAAAAUAUUGCUCCUUAUCUCCCAAGCAAGACAAGACUUUUCUGCAUAUUGACUGAAUUUUUGAAUAAUAGUAUUAAUUACGGAUCAGAAAUAGUAAACCUAAACAGCUCAUGCGCUUUACAAUGAAUGUUACACAGGUUCUGGAAGUUCAUAAAAAUAUGCUAUUUUAAUGGUUUUAUAUAAACGUAUGAUACAGUACAUCUUUAAUAUUAAGGCAACCAGAGUAUUUUUCAUAUUUACAAUUACAGUAAUUUUACUUCAUAAAAAAUAUACAAUGGUUACACUUGAUUAUUUUUCCUAUUGUUUGAUUAUUCAUUCUAUAACAAAUAAUGAUUUUAAAAUUGAAUCAUCCAUAAUUUGUCCUUCAUCACUUAUUAUUCAUUGAGAGAGUUAAUUUUUAUUAUAUAACUCUUACGUUUUAUCCUAUUUAUUUAUUGUUCAAUAGAAUGUGCCAAAUUUUGGUUGGAAUAUAUGUCAAAAUGUUAAAAUAGUUUAUUGUAAUAUUACAACUGUUUUAUUUGUCUUUAACUACGAAUAUUCUAUAUAAUUAUAAGCAAAAUAUUGAAAUUAAGAUUUAUUUAAUAUUUGAAGUAUGUUUAUUUUAUUUAAAUGUGAAAAUAAUUUGUAACUUUUAUAAAUGUGACUACAAAACGAAUAAAACAUACAUUGACUUGUUUUCGUUACAGCAAUCGGUCGGCUGGCACCGACUACUGUCCUUUGCACCACGGCCAUUGUUUCACACUGAGAAGUAAAUUGACGGUAAACCGUUGACUUUUCUUUAAAAUUUUGUAUUUUAAUAUUAACUUUUUUCUAUGAAUUGUGUUAAUUUGAUAUUGUGAAUUUAAACUU